AUGGCCGCCCUGGAAGCCGAUUUCAACAAACUCACUCUCGAGAACCAUCUCGAGCAGAAGGGCAAGGGGAAAAGUGACCGGUAUAACACGGAUGACGAAGAUUUCGACGACGAGCCUAAGGAAAUUCUGCCCUUCAGACUUUUCGACCUACCUUCGGAAAUCCGGUUGAAAAUUUAUGAAUACGUGCUAUUUGGGGAAACAAAGAAGAAAGGACCACCACGAACAAAUGGCAACGUGGGUUCGUCACGCAAAAAUAAAAUUCCAGCACCAUUGUCCCAUCGGCUUUCCCUGUUCCUCUCAUCCCGACGCAUCCAUGAUGAAGCCUCGGUUUUGUUCUACUCUGUGCAAACGUUCCGCGUCUUUCAGAUCCAGGAUUACUCGAAACAACCGACUUUAAUCAGCUUCGCCCCUUCUUACCGGCCACUUGUAAAAAAGAUUGAACUCAUUCUCGGAUCGAGCUGGACGGCCCCUCCAAAGGCAUGGAAAGUCACGAAACACCUUGGUUUAACGGAAAUGACUGGUGUACGGACCUUAAAGAUUUUUAUCCAGUGUGAUCCGUCGCAUCCUGUCUUUGAGGGAUUUCGGGUUUCUUCCGACUUUUAUACUGGGUUUGCUGGAGGCUUGGUGCAGAAAAUCCUGGAACAAUUGCCGAAUCUCGUACAGGUUGAGUUUGACGCUUGGCCUUCGGUCCAGAAGAGCGGACCUUUGAUGCGGCGCUUGCUCUCGGAGGUCAGAGCCGCAAAUGUAAAUAUCCACUGGGGACCUGAACGUGGAUGGAACGAUUGGGAAGACGAAGACUGGAAUACUCCCACGAGCAAAACGAGUACUGGCCCAGUGGUCUUCGGUGGACAUAAGAGUUCCGUGCCCGUCAGUUUCAGAAACCAUGUAUCGGCCACAGGCAUAACAACGGUCUCUCUACAUAUUGACAGUUAG